CACCGAGAGGUCACGUGAAGAAAUAUUGAAAGAACAGUUGUAAUAAGAAAUCAGUGCAAACAGUUACUGUCCACUAUCAUCUUCUCCUAGAUUAUACAUUUUGGCUGAGCAUGGAAUAUUGGACUCAAUAUUGAAAAAAAACAAACACUGCUUUUUAAAAACAUCUGUUUCAUUGUGUCCACUAUGAUUUGGACCCGCCUGUUCUGUUUGUUAAUAGUUUUAAAUCCCAUAAGUUUGCAGGAUGAUAUCCAAUUUACAUGCCCAGAAGGAUGGGAUGUUCCUGUUACAUCAUGCUAUCAUUUAUUCCCGGACACAGAGAAACAGACUUGGGAGAGUGCAUUACGUAUUUGUCAAGGGACUGGUUCACAUUUAGUAACAGUUAAAGACUAUUAUGAUGGCAAGGAAGUCAUGCAAUUUGUGAAAAAGCAGAAUUCUAAAAUCACAUCAGUUUGGACAGGAUUUAAUCGUAUUAAUAUUGAUGACACUGAUGCCAACUCUGCAAGAUGGAAUUCUGUAACAGGACCUUUUACUGCCUCCAGAUAUGAAGGGUACUGGGCUGAUAAUAGUCCCAACAUUGCCAAUGGAGACUGUGUGUUUCUUAUCUUUGAUAAUGAACAGCACAAAUGGCAGCUUGGUCCAUGUGAACAGAAAUUACCAUUUAUAUGUGAACGCAACUCAUGUCCUUCAGGAAGUCUUUUCUGUAACAAUGGUAAAUGUAUUAGUAACAGAUGGAAAUGUGACGGAGAGGAUGAUUGUGGAGAUUAUUCUGAUGAAAUAGAUUGUGAAAAAGACUGCCGUAUAGUAUAUACAGCUCCAUCUGGUAUUAUACAAUCUAUUAACUACCCAGAUCCAUACCCAGCUUCAACCGACUGUCUGUGGACUAUAGUUGGAAAGGAAGGCACAAAUUUAAUGAUUGAGAUUGAUAAGUUUGACACGGAGAAGAAUUCUGACGUUGUGGAUAUCCUUGUGGGUGGUAAAACAGAGGCCACAUCUACACUACUAGACAAACUGUCGGGAUAUUUACCAGCAAAGAAAACUUAUCGUAGCUAUAAUAAUUACCUUAUUAUCAGAUUUGUUACAGAUUCAGCAUCGCAAAGAAAUGGAUUUCUAAUUAAAUACUCCACUGUUGAAGCAGAUACAUCUAUUGCCAUACCAUUGACUGCUGAAAACAAACCUUCUACAUUGACUGCUGGCAAAGAAUACCUUGGAAACAGAGAUUAUACCUGGGUCAUUAAAGCAAAGAAUGCACAGAAAAUUGUAACAAUAGAGAGAGUAUCCCUUUCCCUGUUUAAAGGUGAUUACAUUGCCAUACAUGAUGGAGAUUCUCCCUCCUACCCACUACUAGCCACUUACACUGCAGACAAUAAUGAUAAUCUGAUGAGAGAUCCCAAGUCUCACAUAGAACCAGCAUGGCCACAGAUUGUAUCAUCUACUGGUAACCAGAUGUAUAUUAUUCUAAGAACACUACAUACUACAUCAGGAUUAGGAUUAACUCUUAGAUACUGGCAAGGCUGUGAGGUAAACCUGACAUCAGAUACAGGUGAAAUUUACUCGCCUGGAUACAAGAAAUCAAUUAAUUAUGCUAAUUAUCAGAAAUGUUCCUGGAAAGUAAAAGUACCCAGUGGUAAAGGUGUUACUUUGUUUUUCAACAAAGAUGCUGAUUUUGAAGAUGAAAAGGAUUUUUUACAGGUAUUAACAGAAAGUGCUGAUGGAAAGAGAACUGCUGUCCACAAAGGAAAAGGGUUCGAUACUGCUUCAUUUCUCCAGCUGGCAGAGAAAGGUAUAGGGAUAAAUUCACCUGAUGGGAAGAUAUAUGCAACGUUUACCACCGAUUCCGUUCUCAAUAGAAGGGGCUUCUAUGGAGUUUAUUCUAUUGAUUGUCCUCAUCCAGGUUUCAAUGAAUACACAAAUGUUCCGGUUAUCAAAAACUAUCAUUAUAGAGACAUUAUAACUGUGAAAUGUAAACCUGGCUACUCCUUCAACUCUGAUUCUAUCAAGGAACCUGUCACUAUGACCUGUCAGUUUGGUGGAACAUGGGAUAUGGUCAUUCCUAAAUGUCAACCUUUGUAUUGUGGUCUACCUCCUAACAUAACUGAUGGUUUUUAUCACAAUUCUACUGGUGUCAUUUAUGAAAGUGAAGUUCGUUACAAGUGUUUCCCAGGAUUUUAUAUAAGUUCAAGUGAUGCCAUCUCUUGUGAUAAUUCUGGUAGUUGGAGUAAAUCACCAUCUUGUAUAGCCGCCACUUGUAAAACUGCUCCAGAUGUUGUUAAUGCUAUAAGAACUGUUGUUACUGGAGAUCUUACAUCUUAUGCCUCUAUCGUCCAAUAUGACUGUAAUGAUGGCUUUCAAUUGUUUGGGGAACCCAUUUUGUUUUGCCGCUCAGACAAUACCUGGUCAGCAACUCCACCAUCAUGCAAAAAGCUCAAAUGUUUGUUACCAGAAAUUAAGAAUGGGAAACUUUCAAAAAGUACCUUCCCUGAAUUUAAGGAAGAGAUUACAGUAACAUGUGAUGUUGGAUUUAGAUUAAAUGGUACAAAGACACUGACUUGUAAUGAAAACCAGACUUACGAGGAUUUGCCCACAUGUGACAAUAUUGAUGAAUGUAUUGAAGGUACAUCUAACUGUGAUCAAAAAUGUGUUGACAACAUCGGUAGUUACACAUGUCAUUGUAACCUUGGAUACAGUCCUGAUGUUAAGCAGAAAUGUAUAGAUAUACCUGAAUGUGACAGGGAUGACAGAGCUGGCUGUGACCACACGUGUAACGAUGUACCAGGAGGGUACCAGUGUGACUGUAAGAAAACAGGGUAUCAGUUAUUUACCAAAGAUUUUGCAGCCAAUUUCACUGUACCAUUAGUUAUGGAGAAUGGAAAUCUGGGAAAAGUUUACAAAUUGGACCAUACUUGUGUUCGCAAACUUUGUCCGACCCCACCCUCAAUAGAUAAUGGUAUGUUGAUGACCCAUCGAACUGUUCAUCAGUAUGGAGAUACUAUACAAUAUUUCUGUGACAUUGGUUAUGUUAUGAAUGGCAAAAAAUUGUUCACCUGUGACAGCACUGGACAGUGGUCACCAAGGAAAUUUCCAAAAUGUCAAGCAUACAGCUACACAUAUGUUGGCUGUUAUCAUGACGACACUGAUCCAAUGUUGGAGGAAAUGCAUGAAAAGAAAACUUUGUCAGCAGAAAUCUGUUUCACACAAUGCACAUUUUCAGGAUGGAAUUCAGAUCAGUAUUUUGCAACACAGGCAGGAAAUAAGUGUUAUUGUGGUAAUGGUACACAACUGGGUAGCACUAAGUACACUAAGAGAACUGAGAAGGAAUGUAACAUGGCCUGUGUAGGGAACACACAGGAAAUAUGUGGGGGAAUUUGGAGGUCAUCUGUGUAUAGAAUUACUACAGGUGUGUGUUUAGUGGACCCCUACAAGACACACAGUUUGAUACGUCAGCCUUCAUCAGUCAGCCAUGAGGUAUCUGUGCAGUUUGGCAACACCUUAAACAUGAACUGUACUGUACCAGGAAAGGAGGAGUUUACCAAGGAAAGGAAAUGUAUCUACAACAUGACAACAGACUCUUACUAUCUGUAUGGCAAUGAUUAUGAAUGUGGAGAAAUUGACUGCGGGAAUCCUCCUUCUAAUAUAACUGGAGCAAAUUUCACUUAUCCUUCAAACUUGAAAUAUGGAUCCAUGUUUGAAUUUUCAUGUUCCAGUUUAUUUUAUGUUGACGGAAAGAGCAUUAAUGGAUCUACUAAUAUAGAGGUGAAAUGUGAGGCAGACGGUCAAUGGGAUUUAGGAAGUUUACAGUGUUUAGGAGAAACCUGUAGUGACCCAGGCUAUCCAGCUGGGGGCCUAGCUAACUUGAUGAUGAACAACACAUUUCAAAAUUUUCAGAAGAAUGGAUAUAUAAGUUUCUCUUGUGAUAGAGCUGGCUUUGUCCCUGAUACUUUAACCAAGAUUUCCUGUAACGAAAACAUUUCUAGCACUUCAUUAAACUGGGAUAAUCAAGUACCAAGUUGUGUUGAUGUCACGAAACCAGUAUUCUCUGGUUGCCCAGACAACAUUACAGUGAGGGCAUACAGUAAACUAUCAUUACAUUUUACACAGCCAAACUUGUCAGAUAAUUCUGGUAGCAUUAAAGAGUUAACCAUUGAACCAGUGAAUGCAAACAGUACUUUAACAGUGGACAGAAAACCAUUUACUGUGAAGUACACUGCCAAGGAUCAUGCAGAUAAUGAAGAGAUCUGUAGCUUUGAAGUAUUCAUUGAAGAUGAGAAACCUCCUAACAUACAAAAUUGUCCGUUGAGUAGGAUAGAAUAUGUCGAAAGUACAAGUCACAAUAUCCCCUCAGUAGUAGGUAAUAAGAUAGUGGUGACUGACAAUAUAGACAAUGUAGAUGCAGUAGUCACACCUGAGACAUUUAUAGCCGAUGCCAGCAAUCCCACAAGGCAGAUGGUCAAUGUCAAAGCAACAGACAAAGCAGGCAAUACUGAUCAAUGCUACUUUGAAAUCUAUGUUAGAGUAUCAACUUGUUCACCAUAUUACCUACCAACCCCACAGCAUGGUAGUAAAACUUGUACUCCAAAGAAAGGAUUGAUAGGAAACACUGGCUAUGUCUGUACCAUAACAUGUGACUCAGGGUAUUAUGUGUAUGACUGCCCCGACAAGAGUGUAGUUUCCAUGGAAUGUGAUAAGGGUGGUGACUGGAAUCGUCCAAUCAUAUCUGCUUGUACACAAGGUUAUAUUCAGGCAAACUUCAUUCAGACUUUUGAUAUGACCUACAAUGCAGUUUCCAAUAUAACAGACAAUUGUACAUCUGAUUACCAGAAUGCAAUUGAGGCUUUAAUUCCUUCACCUCUGGGUGAUAUCCAGAAUGCAUGUACUGCAUCAUUUCCAACUAUGGUGGUGGAAUUAUCUAUAGCUUCCUCAUCCGUAAACAUAACUAGUGAUGAGUUGAUGGUCAAGUUUACUAUGACCAUAGGACCUGCAGGUUUCACAACAGAGCAAUAUAAGAUGUGUGCAAACCUUACUGAGGUUCACUUAGUGAAUUCUUCUAUUGGUACCAUUACCGAUUUGGCAGGAUGUCCAAAUAUCAGCGCUGAAAGCAAUUGGAGUUCACUAAGUUUCACUCAAGUAUCUACUUGUAAUGGCAGUAGAAAGUAUGGCGAUAUUGGCGGAAAGGACUUUUGCUUGGCCUGUCCAGAAGGAACUUACAUAACAGACCAAGACACUUGUGAUUUGUGCCCAGUGGGAACCUAUAAUAGUUGGACUGAAGUUCCUACAUGUAUUAGCUGUCCUACUGGUACUACUUCAUAUACUAAAGGAAAUGUUUUUCCUGCAUCUUGUACAGUUUUAUCCUGUAGUUCAGGACACUAUUCCUCGAGUGGAUUUCCCCCAUGUAAACCAUGUCCAUUAGACACAUAUUUUGUCAACAGUACAACUUGUGAAAAAUGUCCAGUUAAUACAGAAACAGAGAUACGUGGUGCUGUCAACCAAACACAGUGUAAAAGUAAAUGUCCAGCUGGACAGUACAAUAUCUUUGGUCAUGAACCAAAUUGUCGACUUUGUCCAUUACAUUACUACCAACCAAAAGAGGGUGCUAUUGAUUGUAUAGAGUGUGACAAUGAUAAGAUAACUCUAAGAAAUGGUACAGACAAUUCCUCUGAUUGUCUUGAUGCAGAACCAAUACUUUGUAAACCAGAUGUAUGUAAGAGAGGAAAUUGUUCCAUAAGAUAUCAUGACUUCUUUUGUCAGUGUCCCGAAGGAUACUAUGGGAGACACUGUGAGAUAGAAGUUAAUCACUGUUUAUCAGAGCCAUGUUACAAUAAUGGCACAUGUACAAGUACACCCACUAAUUAUACUUGUGAUUGUCUUAAUGGAACCUCUGGAGAAAGAUGUGAAAUAGAUGAUAAUACUGAAUGUAUGAAUAGUACAUGUAUAAAUGGGGGAGUUUGUAUAAACCAGGUCAACUCUUUUACCUGUAUAUGUCCUGUUAAAUACAAAGGACCAAACUGUGAAAUGCAAACAGAUAUAUGUGAAGUAAAACCAUGCCUCAAUAAGGCUAAGUGUGAAAAUUACAACAAUGUUCGGAGGAAAUGUGUCUGUCUGCCUGGUUUUACUGGGGUUGAUUGUGAAACUGAUAUCGAGGAAUGUGAUUCUAAUCCAUGUUAUAAUGAUGCAACAUGUGAUGACAGAGUAAAUGGAUAUUUCUGUCAAUGUAAGAAUGGUUAUUCUGGUACCCGAUGUGAAGUUCGUACCAGUCCAUGUGUUGACUGUAAGGGUGGAACAUGUGUAGAUGAUUAUAGAACAGACUCCUACAGAUGUGUCUGCAACGAAGGUGUGUCUUAUGGUGAAUUUUGUGACUUCAAACUACAUGUGAAUACUCUUCCAUCAGUGUCACUAGAAGGGGCAGAUUCGACUAAUGAAAAUUACACAGCCAGUGAAUGCAGAUCUACAUGUGAUAAUGCAUCAAGUAGUUGUCAGGGGUUUGUUUACCAACCAACUGAUAAAAUUUGCUACAUAUUUAACAGCUCUUUGAUUGGUGUAGGGAUGUCUUCAAACUCAAGCUAUGACUUUUAUGUUCAUCGUUGUAUCAGACCUGUAGAUGAUUUCUACACUCCAUGGUUUAACACUGACAGUCCAGGUAAAGACAAGGGUGAUAAAGAGAGAAUAAAAACACUUACAGGAAAGUAUGGUAUGGCUAUAUGUGGAGGAACAAAGCCUGUUGGAGCAGAGUGUCGUGUGUUUAAUAAGACUCUGACAUAUCACUAUGAGACAGGAGAUACGUUUUCAUUGACUUGUGGUAUAGAGGGUUUGAAAUGUGAGAGUAAUCCCAAGAAUCCAUGUGAGGAUUAUGAAGUACGGUACAGAUGUAGUGCUAAUAAAGUUUUCAAGGGAAGACUAUGUACAGACCUUUUAUACUGUGAUUAUAAUGAUAGUCCAUGUCAGAAUGGAGCUACAUGCUUUAAUCAAGCUGGUGGAUUCCGCUGUAACUGUAAACCUGGUUAUACUGGUUCCCUGUGUGAACAUAACAUUGAUGACUGUCCAUCUGUUAACCAAUGUCUGAAUGGAGGAAACUGCAGAGAUAUACUGAAUGGCCAUGAAUGUGACUGUCCAGAGGGAUACACAGGUAGCAUCUGUCAGAACAAUAAACCUGACUGUUACUCUGGAGCCUGCUCUAAUAGAGGAACCUGUAUUGAUGGGGUCAACACGUACUCCUGCCAAUGCUUUGAUGGGUUCACAGGAAGUAAUUGUUCUAUAAACAUAGACGAUUGUGCCAUAAAUCCCUGUUUACAUGGUGGCACGUGUCAAGACGGACAGAAUGAUUUUCUUUGUUCUUGCCCAACAGGAUGGACAGGCAACAGAUGUGAAAAUAUUAUUGACCUCUGUGAGAGGAAAAAUCCAUGCCCGUUAUCAGCUAAUUGUUCAAAUCUGUUCAAUGAUUUCUAUUGUAGAUGUCCAGAGAAAACAUACGGGAAACUUUGUGAUAAUUCGUUAGAUACGUGUCGUGAUGUUAAUUCCUGUAUAAAUGAAGGGAAGUGUGACAAUGCUGCUUUACCAAACUGUAAUUGUAAUGUUGAUUACACAGGCAAAGGUUGUCAGACAUUGGUCAAUCACUGUGCUGAUAUAGACACAUGUAAGAAUGGUGGCACCUGUCAAACAUCAGCUGAUGGUGUUGGUUUCAAAUGUAAUUGUAAAUCAGGGUUUUCUGGAGGUAAAUGUGAGACCAACAUUGAUAACUGUAAAUCAGCGAUAUGUCCUGUGACUUCAGUAUGUAGAGACAUGGUGAAUGAUUAUUACUGUAGAUGUAAUCUGGGUUUCACUGGUGAAUACUGUACAAGAGAAUUAGACACAAACUAUGAUUUGUUGUUCUAUUUACCUGCCCGUGAUGGCUAUGCUGCCUUGCCUUACCCCAUACAGCUGACUGGUAGUGGCAUAACAAUCAGUAUGUGGGUUAAGUUCCAGGUCAAUGGUUUCAAACAGAUAUACUUUACCUUGUAUAGUGUUAGUGCUAUGAACAGUAUAGAGGAUCGAGAAGAAAUGAUAAUGUUUCAUAAUACGGGAGUAGAUAUUACUGAUCAUAAUGGAAAGAAGACAAUUACACAGAACUACUUUACCAUAGAUAAUGGGGAAUGGCACAAUGUGGUGUUUACAUGGGAUGACAAAUCUGGUGGAAAUUAUAUUAUUAAUAGUAUAAGUCAAGGAACAAAUAAUGCAAUCACUUUUAAAAACAACUUUAACCAUAAUAUUUGGAUAGUUAUUGGUGACAACUUAGGACCAAACACAAAACAGUCAACCAAUGAAGGCUUCAAAGGGUAUAUCAGUCAGUUGAAUAUUUACAACCGAGCUUUAGACUUUGAAUCAGAAAUAGCUGUCAUCCAUUCCAAGCCUAGAGUGGUUUUUAUAGGAGCUAUACUUAGAUGGAAUGAGUUUAUCUUACACAAAGGUGUGCGACCUGUUUACCCAUCACAUGCAUCAAGAGAAGGCUGUGUUUUAGGCAAAAGCUGUAUCACACAAGGCAUUAAAAAGACACCCCCAUCAAUUGUCAACUGUCCAUCAAAUAUACAUAUAUAUAGCAAAGAGAGAUUGAUAACAGUUUCCUGGACAGAACCAACUAUAAAAGGAGCUAGUACUAUUAACAGAAGGUAUAGGUCUGGAGAUACCUUCCUGUGGGGUAAAUACAAGAUGAUAUAUGAAGCCAUCGAUGAUGAGUCUAAUUCACAGUUCUGUAGUUUCAACAUUUAUGUUCAAUCUGAAGUUUGUAAUAAGAUACCUGAUCCUUGGGGAGGUGAACAGAUGUGUGAAAAAGGCGAAGCAAAUGAAGGGUGUACAAUUAGAUGUAAAAAUUCCAAGACAGAAAGAAUCUCUCGUUAUCACCCAAUACUGUAUACAUGUGGACCAUCAGGGAGUUGGAAUCCAGCAAUGCCAUCUCAUCCAUUGACUUAUCCACCAUGUGGACCAAUAAAUGGAUUUCCAAAAAAGAGGCUUGAUAUAGUUUUAUCCUAUCCUAACAUAACAACAGCUAACUGUCUUGGUAUAAAAGAAGCUCUGGAAAUUGAUGUUAAGAAGUCAGUUCAAAAGAUUAAUGCCUACUGGGACUCUAAACUAUGUACUAAGGCAGAUUGUUCUGAUAUAACUGUGGUUGUUGAUUGUGGAACUCUUUCUGAUAGACGGAAAAGAUCCAUCAGUAUAACCAACGUUCAGAUUACCAUACCUAAGUCUCUGAAAAAUUUGAAAGAUUUGACCAUUAAUCAAGAAGUUCUGUCAGCUGAGGAUGUUAUUAGACGGGAAGUCUUAGAUUCUGAUAAAUUUGAUUUUUCUAGUCCAAUACCAGGUGGAGAGUUAGAUACUAGUGGCUUUCAAUUGACAUCUACUGAAGUAUGUGGUGAUACUGAAACUGUCAUUGAUGGAUAUUGUGUUAAGUGUGGACCAGGAACCUUCUUAAAUACUACGACAAAGAUCUGUGAGAGUUGUCCUAUAGGCACAUACACAACCAGUGAUGGACAAACCCAGUGUCUAAAGUGUCCUGAUGGAUCAACUACAGAGACUGAAGGAUUAAACAACCCUUCAUUUUGUUACUCUAUAUGUCCAGCUGGUCAGAGAUAUGAUAGAGAGGAUUCCAAGUGUGAAGAUUGUGGUCUAGGCUACUACCAGGAGGAGGAAGGACAGUUUGUCUGUGAUUGGUGUGGGCUGGGGAAAACCACAAAGGAAACAAAUACAACAUCAGUCAGCUUUUGUUAUGAUGUAUGUCUACCUGGGAAACAAUUAUCCGCUAGUGGUGACUGUGUAGACUGUCCAGAGGGAACUUACAAGAAUGUGGGAUCUAAGUGUAUUGCUUGUCCACCAGGAACCACCACCUUAGCUACAGGAGCAACACUACAGACAGAUUGUAACAUAAAGGCUUGUGAGGCUGGAUACAAACGUCUUGGUACCGAUACAUGUGAGAAAUGUCCGCUUGGUACAUACCAGCCACAGAAAUGGCAGACGUCAUGUUUAUCAUGUGGUGGAGAUCGUUAUACAACUGACCAGGAGGCAUCUACAUCCAAAGAUGAUUGCAAAUAUUUUUGUCCUUCUGGCUACGAAGCUGUUGUAUCAUCAUGUGUGCCUUGCUUGGAAGGAUUCUUUAAAGACAAUACUGACAGUAUAUAUGGGAAAUGUAAACAAUGUCCGUAUCAAACAACAACUGUUAAUAUUGCCUCUAAGUCAUUGAAAGAUUGCUCUGUAUUUAAUUGUCCUCCUGGAUACAGUUCGGACACAUUGGGUACCAGAUGUGAAAUAUGUCCGUUAGGAACCUAUCAACCCCACCAUAAUGAGACUACCUGCUACCCAUGCAGUACUCCACUAAGUACAGCACAAACUGGAUCAACUGAUAUUCAACAGUGUUUAAAUUACUGUCCCCCUGGACAAGAGAGACAUCCAGAUGCUUUAUGUUAUGACUGUGGUAUUGGUUUCUAUAAACAUAAUAAUGAUAAUUACUUCAUGCCUUGUACAGCUUGUCCUGAUGACUACACAACAUUUGGGGCAAAAUCUACUUCUAUAUCACAAUGUACUAUGAGAAAGUGUAUGCCUGGUUCUAAGAGAAAAGACGACAACACAGGUUGUAUUCCUUGUCCUGCAGGAACUUACCAGGACUUACCAUACCAGACAACAUGUAAACAAUGUCCAGAAUAUAGCUACUCAAGGAGAGAAGGAGCUUUUAGUAUAACACAAUGUGAAAGUUACUGUGAUCCAGGUUAUGAGAAGGACAUUAAUAAUCAAUGCUCUCCAUGUGGAAUAGGAUACUACAAAAACAAUGAUUUUGACAAGUUUUUGAAAUGUACACCAUGCCCAGUGGACCGUAUUACACCAUCAAUUGGAUCUAUAUCUAUUGACCAGUGCACCAGAGGUAACUGUUUACCUGGAUAUAGGAUAGAGAGAAGUGGAUGUCAAAUCUGUCCGAUAGGUUCUUACCAAAGUCUUCAAUGGCAAAAUGAAUGUAUCCCUUGUCCUCUACAUAAAUCUACAAUGUUUGCUGGAUCUACAGACUUCAAUGAUUGUAUUUUUACUUGUGAUCCUGGAUAUGAAGAUUCAUUUGGUGGCUGUGUCAAAUGUCAGAUAGGAUAUUUUAAAUCGGAGAAGAGAGCCACUAGUUGUACAAAGUGUCCUAAUGGAAUGAUUACAUCAGACUUUGCGUCCACCAGUUUCAUGGACUGUAAUAUACCUGACUGUCCUGCAGGAUAUAAGAUUGUAAAUAGAUGUACGAAUACCAACUGUGCUAGACAGUGUGAAGUAUGUGGAUACGAUUAUUACCAACCAUCCACCAGACAACAUGAUUGUAUACCUUGUGGCAUUGGAUAUACUACAUUUGAACUACAAAAUGCACAGACUAGAUUACACUGUAAACUUGAUUGUGCUAGUGGGAGUGAGAUACAUCCAUUGGACCCCCUGUCAUGUCGUACAUGUGCCAUUGGUUACUAUAGAGAUAGUUCAGACAGAAGGAUAGAAUCGUGUCAGUUAUGUCCCUUGGAUUUCAUCACGUCUGAAUUAGGAGGCACUAAUAUAAAUGCCUGUACAGUCAGAAACUGUCAACAGCCUGGGACGUACAGAAACUCUAUCAAUAACAGAUGUACAGCCUGCCCAGUAGGAACAUAUAACCACCUUAAAUGGCAAGACUCUUGUACACAAUGCCCUGAUGGGUAUACAACAACCAGCACUGGGUCAGAUAAUGUCAAUAGUUGUAUCCGUGAUUGUCCAUCUGGUUAUGAACAUGAUGGUUCAUUCUGCCGUCCUUGUCCUGCAGGGAAGUACAGAGAAAAAGGCACAAGUGGAUUUCUUUGUCAAAGCUGUCUUAAUGGAUACACCACUGCUAAGACUGCAUCUAUAUCAUCAUCCAUGUGUAACCAAUCCCCUUGCAACUUAGGAGAAUAUCUGAACACAGGAACAAAUCAAUGUGAAAAAUGUGCAUUGGAUUAUUACCAAGACCAGAAUGGAGGAUUUAAUUGUAAGCUGUGUCCUAAUGGCAAAUAUACAGAACAGAUAGGAAGUGUUAACCUAGGUGCUUGUAGGAGUUACUGUGAUGACGGAAACAAGAAUAACUGUACUGCCAACUCUAUUUGUCAAGACAAUGUAGUUAAUGGAUUUAUCUGUGUGUGUAUUGCUGACUAUGUAAUACACAAGGGUGUGUGUAAACAUAAGUGUGAUACUGGUUACUGUUCACAUGGAACCUGCAACAGAAAUCCACUAUCCUGCUUAUGUCCUGAGGAAUAUAUUGGCACAACAUGUAAUACUCGUAGAUCUUCAUCAGGUUGGACUAGAACAGAGAAGAUCAUCGCUGGGACUGUUGCUGGCGGAGUAGGACUCCUCAUUAUAAUUAUAUUUAUUGUUUGCUGUUUCACCAUGCCAUGGAGAAAUGAUCGUAUACCUUCCCCACAUGUCCAGAAGGGUGAUAUUGAUGACAAUGUUAAUCCAUACAGUAUGCCAAUUGUUCAUCAACCAUUGCUCUACCAUGACCGGGAUGUAGAUAGAGUAAGCUUGUUUAACAUAGUACCAGUUCAUCAACCUACCUAUUACGAUAACUACUUUGGUGGUACUGGACAGAGGGGACAACUACAUUUCCGAGAUCCCUUGCCAGAAUACAUGAAACAAGAGAAACUACAACUACCAGAUGUACCAGUAAUCUAUCAUGAUAAUGCUACAUAUUCUACAGCUCAACCUGCAGUUUAUAUACCUAAGCCAGCACUGAAAGAUGGUAAAAAAUGAGAAAAUCUUCAAAUCUAUCCUGUAUUUUGUUCUAACAACUUUUCAUCUUAUGACCAGAUGUGUUUCGGAGAAGUUCAUUAGUUAGUCCGUAAUGUUUCCAGAUUGAUUACCAAGUUUAUAGCAUUGCUACCAUAUUUAUUAUUUUCACAGAUAUAUUAAAUAUAUCAUCAUUCAUUUUGAUGUCAGAGUGAUUCAUAUUUAUUUGUUAUUUGUGUAAUUAUGAUGAAGUGUUGAGGGGAAAUCUGUGAAAUUUUAAUGUGAUGAGGCAGUGAAUAUCAAAUAUCAUAAACUAGGAAAAAAUUAAACAAAAAUUAAUCAUUGUCAGAAAGUAAGUUCAUAUUUUUUUCUUAAAAACUAAAUAAUGACAACAUAAUAAGUUUAUGACCAUGAAGUAAGUUAUGAAUCUUAAUCAAUAAUUAGUGCUAUUUUAUAAUUUUGUUUUUUUUGCAGUUGUUUAAGAUUUUGCAUUUGCUUCUGUCUAACCUGUUAAAAAUGCAUGUUAUUGAUAUAAAUGAUUUACCAUUAAUUGAUUUACAUUUUACAAAAAGUGCUAUGGAAUUUACAUUGUGUAUUUUUGUCAUGCAAUAUGGUAACUUGGUCCCUUAAUUCUUAAUUACUGGUAUCUUCAUACUUACUAAUGCAAGUUAGGAAAAUUGACAAAUGUAAAAUGUCUAACUUGUAGACAACAGUAUUCACACAGAAUUACCUAUAUAGAUUUAUGUUGAAAAUUUACCCUGUAUUUUGUGACUCAUAUCUUUAAAAACAAUCAUCAAGACAAUGUUUAUUUUGUUUUCUUGAAGAAAACUUUAAUUACAGACCCAAUUUAUUUUACUAUUAUUUUCAUUUGUUUAGAGAAUUGAUGUAGCUUGUUGGAAUAAUUGUGCAAUUUUUUCCUUAGUAAAUAUUUUCUGGUAAUUUAAAAUAAAUAUCUACAUACCAAUAGAAAAUUUGUAAAAACAU